CAGAAGCUUCAAUUAAGUACACAGUUUUUUUGACUUGCUAAUUCUUUUUUUACUUCAUAAAUUGAUUAUCUACAGUUUGUUGCUUUUUCUAAAUGGUCAAAAAAAAAAUUCAAAGUCUUGAUUUGAACACAUUUUGACCCGUUUUUCUUUUUUUUACAAUUAUUUAAAAAAAAUAACCUGUCACUUGUUUGGUUACAAGUCGUCUCAAAAUGUCAAAACUUGAAUCGAGCGAUAGUUCAGAAACAGAACAACUUAUCGAUGAAGAUGAUGAACAAAAUUACGAGGAAGCAUUGCUUCAAAAACUGUCAUCAACCAGAUAUCAAUUAAGUGUUAUGGGUUUCCUAGGAUUUGCGUUAAUUUAUUCUUUUCGUAUUAACAUGAGCAUUGCCCUGGUCGACAUGGUUAAGCAACCCGCGGCAGAAAAAUCUGGCCCUGCGAAUAAAAACUGUCCUGUUUGGAAUAAGGACACCUCUUCCCAAAACAACGACGUCGGAACUUUCGAUUGGACGCCUAAAGAACAAGCAAAUGUGUUGGGCGCUUUUUAUUACGGGUACAUGGUAGCUAUGAUUCCCGCCGGAUACUUGGCGACCAGAAUUGGUGGGAAACAGAUGUAUGGCCUUGGAAUUGUUCUAACAGCUGUGUUAACAUUACUAACACCUGCAGCAGCUCACCUUGGCAUCUGGUGGUUGAUAAUUCUGCGAGGGUUAGAAGGAAUCACUGAAGCUGCAACUUUUCCUGCUUUCCACCAUUUGAGCGGCCGAUGGACGCCCAAAUUAGAGCGAUCAAUAUUUGCAUCUAUGACUCUUUCUGGAUCCUUUUUCGGCAAUAUGAUCACACAGCCUAUCAUCGGCUACUUGUGUACCCUUGAACUCUGGAACGGCUGGCCUUUAGGCUUCUACGCAAACGGGUUAUUAGCUAUAAUCUGGUACGUUGCCUGGUGUUUUUUGGUCUAUGAGUCUCCGGACAAACAUCCCCGGAUUUCAGAACGAGAGAGAAAUUAUAUCAAUUCGCAAACACAAAUUGACGACGAUAAACCAACCGCAAUACCUUGGAAAAGUAUCUUGACAAGUUUGCCUGUGUUUGGCAUAGUAGCGGCCCAUUUUGCCAACAACUUUAUGCUUUAUGGUAUGAUGUCCUUUUUGCCCCUAUACUUUGCAGAUGUGUUGAAUUUCGACAUUGCUUCCAAUGGAAUUCUGAGCGCCUUACCUUGGGUGUCCGUGUUUAUUGGUACCUUAACAGCAGGUCAAUUAACCGAUUUGUUGCGAAGCAGAAGUUUGGUCACGACGACAUUUGCACGUAAAUUCAACCAAGUGAUAUCAACGUUUUUACCAAGUAUAUUCUUACUAUUAGCUGGCUACGCAGGUUGCGAUGACAUCAAAGCGAUUCUCUUUCUGGCUGUUGGAAUGCUCUUUUUUGGGGCCGCAGGCUCUGGCUUUUACUGCAACAAUUUAGAUCUGGCGCCUCAAUUUGCAGGAAUUAUUUACGCAAUCAGCAAUUUUUUUGCGACUCUUUCUGGAUUUUUAGCUCCCCUAAUAGUAGCAAGUUUGACUGAAGAAAACGUUCAUAGUAGCGUGUUAUGGAUUCACGCUUUUUAUGUGUUUGCCGGAGUUUCGUGGCUCGGCGGUUCAACUUUUCUUCUGCUCGGAUCCGGAGAACUUCAAGCAUGGGCAGUUAUUCGAAAUGGCUAAAACGGAAAGAAACCAUAGCAGAAACGAUUGCACAAAUAACAAAGAUUUUUCGGACGUCGGGAUCAAAUGAUGGGCUAUGAUAGUGACCCUAGUUGACCAAGGAUAGUUAGUUAUCUGGCAAAAACAUUUUUUGAAAAAAAUCUUACAAGAUAUUACAAGCUAACAUCUUUUGCAAAAAUCAUGCAAGAUCUCGCAAGAUAAGCAUACUGAAACAACAAGGAGAGGUCUACCUUGACUUAUAGAUUCCAACGUCUAAAAGGUCCCAUUCAUUCUAUUAAAAAAUAUAUUAUAUGAUUAAAACAAUUUGUUGGCUCUCACUCGAGUUUUGA